AUGAUCCUGGCGGACUGUCCAGACCAAUUGAAUAUCCCGGCCAUGGAAAAGACAAUCGAGAAACCCUCUUUAGCUCAUGAUGAGUACGCGGACGACGUUGGUCCGGCCGACAUGACCGCCGAGGUCAAAUAUGACAAUGGACAGCUGCGAGACCUUUUACAUUCUCCUUAUGUUUUUGGAGCAGCGCUCCUCGCCUCGUUUGGCGGGUUCUCCUUUGGGUACGAUCAAGGUGUCAUUUCACUCAUCCUGGUAAUGCCCCAGUUCCGGCAGCAGUUCCCCGAGACCUCUCCUGAAAACCCACGAUAUGGAUUCCAUACCGGCUUUAUGACCGGCAUGCUCGAGCUCGGCGCGUUCAUCGGCUGCCUGUUCUUCCCCGCUGUUGCGGAUCGCAUCUCCCGCAAAUGGGGAUUGACAGUGGCGACCGUAUUCUUCGUUAUUGGUGCGAUCAUCCAGACGGCAUCCAUGAAUUAUGGCACAUUGGUGGCGGGUAGAUUCGUUGGGGGUAUUGGGGUGGGCACCCUAGCCAUGGGGGCGCCGUUAUAUAUCUCGGAGAUCGCUCCUCCGGCGUGGAGAGGAUCAUUGCUCGUACUGGAAUCUAUAAGCAUUGUCAUUGGGGCCAUUGUGGCAUAUUGGAUUACAUACGGCACGAGGGCUAUACCCGGCGAGUGGUCAUUCCGGUUGCCAUUCCUCCUACAGAUGUUUCCUGCCUUGAUCGUCGGCUGCGCGAUCCACUUCUUCCCCUUCUCGCCGCGAUGGCUCGCCAUGCGCGGCAGGGACGACGAUAGUCUCUCCGCUCUGGCGAAGCUGCGCCGACGCCCCGUGCACGAUGAGCAGGUACAGCUAGAAUGGAAAGGGAUCCUAUCUGAAGUGCGAUUCCAGCAGCAAAUGCUCGAGAAAGAGUUUCCGGACCACCAGUCUCGCCCACUGCUAGUCGGCCUGAAGCAGUGGGUGUCUCUCGUCCGGCCGAAAUAUUUUAAACGAACCCUUGUGGCAUUGGCUAUCCCGUUUUUCCAGCAGUUCUCAGGAAUCAACGCAUUCGUAUACUACGCGCCCACAUUUUUCGAAGCUCUCGGCCAAAGCAGCGAGACAUCUCUCAUCCUCUCCGGGAUGGUUAACAUCUGUCAGCUGGUCGGGGGUAUCCCCAUCCUGAUGUAUCUGGACCGCAUCGGCCGGCGAACGAUGGCCAUCAUCGGAGGAGUCAUCAUGGCGAUACCGCACCUGAUCAUGGCCGGACUGAUGGGCCGAUACAGUGACGACUGGCCCUCGCACAAGGCGAUUGGCUGGUUCUGCGUCGCCCUCAUCUAUGCUUACGCGCUCGCAUACGCAGUCUCAUACGGCCCGCUCGCCUGGGUCCUGCCGGCGGAGGUGUUUCCCAACUCCAAACGCGCCAAGGGUGUCGGCGCCGCCACAGCGAUGAACUGGCUCGCGAAUUUCAUCAUCGGGGUGGUUGUUCCCGAGAUGCUCAUUAAGCUUGGGUGGGGCACUUUUCUUUUCUUUGGGCUGUUCUGUGUGGCGGCGGCUGUUUUCUCGUUUCUCUUUGUCCCUGAGACGUCUGGGAAGUCGCUCGAGCAGAUCGCGGUGGUAUUUGGGGAUAAUUUGGACGGCGCUGAGAGGGACUUGCAGGAGAAAAUUGCGAGGGAGACGUUUGAGAAUGCGACGGCUCCUGCGUUACGUUUGGAGAAGUCGGGGGCGCCAUAG